GUUAUCUUGACAGCUACGCUACCAAGAAGUUUCUCGUUUCGGGAAAGUUGAUUAUGUUUCCAGUAUAAUGAGCACUGCAGAACCGUUCGCAGGGUGGCUUUACAAAUGGACAAAUCUUAUUAAAGGCUAUAAAAAGCGUUGGUUUUUAGUACAGGAUAAUUUACUCAGCUACUACCGAGAACCGGAUGCAGUUGGGCGACAUUGUCGUGGGACUUUCGACUUGACGAACGCCCACUUAAGUGUUCAGGAGUCUGGAUGCUCCUUUAUUUUGACGGAGAGCUCUGGAAGAAAGCAUCACUUCAAGGCAUUAUCUGAAGAAGAUAAGGAGAAUUGGAUUAUUGCCCUUACAGACUUAAUUUCGAGAUCUCAGGUUACCCAUACUGAGAUUGAGUCAGAUUAUUCAUCAUUUAACAUACUUCGACCAGACAAAGAGAACAGUUGUAAGCGAAAUUCUUUCAGAUUUACUCUUAAAGGUCGACCAAAGUUGGAUAUUAAAACAACCAGUUUCCCAGUUCUACCUCAACCGCUUGCUAAUCAAUCAAUAUCACUGAAUAACUGUCAAUGUGCUAGCCAAUCGUGUUCACACGACGGUUUAUGUAAUUCAACUUUUCAUGAGAAGUUCCGAAGAAUAAAGCUGAAGCACGAUUUAUCGAAAUCCGAUUCUAGGUGUGUAUCAGAUGCUCCAAUAUCAAAUUCAUUUUCUCUCCCUAUGCAUGAACCAAAUGUUUCUACCAAUGACCUCAAGAUAAAAAGUGAUACAGGAAGACGUUUGUCUCGUCAAUAUGUCAUUUCAAUUGAAGACAGCAACCGUUUAGGAAUUAUAGAGGCUUUGAAGAGACGCCUACAUGAUCACAUUAGUAACAUUUGUUCUCAAGUCAGUAAUAUCGAGUCAAUGCUUACAUCAGUCUCAAGUGAAUUAUCCAGUUUGCUGCUGCAGCCACGUUCAUCCCCAUUGAAUUCAGAUGAUCACUUUUCUGCCUCAGACCUAGAAAGACGGACUACUUCUCUUAAACUUGCCUUACUCGAACAUCGUAACGACGCAAAAGAAUUUUACGAGGCGUCUACUGAAGCGUUGCAGUUCUUAACUGGAACUUAUGCUCGAUUCAAUCGACAACUUGUUUUAGAACAAGAACGUUGUAUAACGUUGGAGAGGACCGUUGAACAGUUGGCUAAAGAAUUACGUAGUUUGGAAAUCCAGUUAAAAUAUCAUAUUCCUAUGGUUGUUGAAGACAAAAAUAUGAAUCAGAUUCAGUCUGAAGAAACCAAGCAAACUGUAAAACAGUCAGUAGAAAAAUUACUUGAUGAAGAAAACAGUGAUGAAUUUUAUGACGCCAUGUCUAAUUUAGAUGUGACUGAACAACAAUAUAAUGAUUCACUUAUUUCUACAAUCAAUCAAUCUAUAGUACAAAUGCCUAGACCAUUACAUUAUAAUUCAUCAUCAUUGCAUAAUAGUGAUGUAACUCAAGUGUCAUCAGCAAGUUUAAGAAGUUUGGUGAAUGUUGAAGAAACAUCAGUUUCAGGCAGUGAUUUAGAUUUACCAAAUGGAUACACUAACAGAACUAAUGUUUUUACAUCUAUGCCGUCUGAUGGAUAUCCAAACACGUACAACAAAAACUCUACUACUGACCAGCAUAAUAACACAUUGAAAUAUGGAAAAAUUCGUAAACGUCGGAAUACCAUACCUGUUUCACCAAAAAUUGCAUUAAAUUUAUGGGGUAUAAUUAAAAAUGCUAUCGGUAAAGAUCUGGCAAAAAUUCCUAUUCCUGUAAAUUUCAACGAACCUUUGUCAUUCCUCCAACGAGCUGUUGAAGAUUUCACAUAUUCCAAUCUAUUAGAUUAUGCUUCACAGACAAGAGAUCCAGUGGAACAAAUGGCUUAUGUUGUAGCAUUUUCAGUUAGUUGUUAUAGUUCGACUGCUUAUCGUGUAGGAAAACCAUUUAAUUCAUUACUCGGCGAAACUUAUGAAUGUGAUCGUACAGAUGAUAUGGGUUGGCGUUGUAUUUCAGAACAGGUUAGUCAUCAUCCACCUGGUUGCAGUCAGUAUUGUGAAUCAUUACGACAUAAAUGGAAAGUUUGGCAAGAUUAUUUUUUGUCAACAAAAUUUCGUGGCAAAUAUUUAUCUAUCAGUCCUAAAGGUACCAUUAAUCUACAAUUCGCUGAUGGAUCACAUUAUACUUGGACAAAAGUAACAACAGUUGUUCAUAAUUUAAUUGUUGGUACGAUAUGGAUUGAUAAUUAUGGUGAUGUAACCAUAGAAAAUCAUAAAACUGGUUAUUCAUGUAACCUGCAGUUUAUCGCUCAUUCUUAUUUUAAUAGAGGACAGUCAAGACGAGUUACAGGUAUUGUGAAAAAUUCAACUGGUGUACCAGUUGCUGUAAUUCAAGGAACGUGGGAUAAUUAUUUAGAAUAUCAACGUUUAUCAAUCGAUAAAAUACCUGUCGGUGAGCCAAUAUUAAUAUGGAAAACUGAUCCAUUACCUUCUAAUGCUUCUGAUAUGUAUCACUUUUCUCGAUUUGCUAUUGAAUUAAAUGAAAUGGAAGAUGGUGUUGCACCGACUGACUCAAGACGUAGACCUGAUCAACGUCUUAUGGAACAAGGAUUAUGGGAUCAAGCAAAUGAAGAAAAAAGGCGCCUUGAAGCGAAACAAAGAAAUAAACGACAUGCAUGGGAGAAAGCAGUUAGAGAAGGUAUUAUUCUGAUGUUGUUUUAAGGCAGAAUUGUAUCAUUUAUUAUUUGCUACAUCAUUUACCAAAUCAAACUUGAUCGUCAAGCCACGGAUUCUAACUUUUCCACGUCUGGGACUAAUGAAACAAGGAUAGGUACUUACAUGUUUAAACCAUCAGGUCAAACAGAUGAACCAUUAUUCACACCAGUUUGGUUUUCACCAAAACAUGAUGUCAAUGGUAAUGUAUAUCAUGAAUAUUUAGGAAACUAUUGGAAAUCAAAAGAACAACAAGAUUGGUUAAAAUGUCCAGAUAUUUAUUGAAAAAUUUUUUUAGAUCUUAUUUUCAAUUAUUCUUGUAGAAAGUGUAAGAGAUUAUUUCAGUACAAAAAAUUGUUUCUGUGCGUCAAUAAAAACUGUUUUGCUGUCUUUCCUGUUCACCUUGAUAGUUAGUGUUGGUGAAUCCUAUUACAUUUUUAGAACAUUUUUGUUUGUUUAUAGUUUAUGUCUUUUAGAAUAAAAGAUAAUUCUGAUCUGUAGUUUGUAAUUCUUGUUAUUGAUAUUUAUAAAAUAGUCCUAAUUAACAUUAACUUCAUUCUCUGUUUCUGUUCCGUUUUGACGUUUUCAUUCACGAAUUAUUUCCCUACUAAUCUCCCACUUUGUUCUGUUUUGUCGGAAUACUGUCAUCUCUUCAUUUCUUUAUCUAUCUGUCUGUAUAACUGAUCGAAUUCUCUACGUUGGGCUUUCACUAACUUCCCUAACCAUUAGCCUAUUUUCGUGUUUCUUUUUGAACUACUGAUUUAUUGUAAUAAGUAGGAUGUUUGUGUAUAAGUGCAUUGUCGUGUACUUUAUUGUAAAUAAAUGCGUAUAUGGCUUUGAUGAUUCCAUUUUUUGAACCUCCGCACCUACUCGACUUUUAUUAUAGUAAUAUUAUUUUAACUAUAAUCAGAAUAUCGACUUCAUUAACAUUUAUAAAAAUUUUUGCUAAAAAGUUGCCAUAUGGGACUUCGUCGAAAGUCUUAAAGCCUGAUGAUGAUAAUCUUUAGCAUGAACCAUUGAUGACGUCAUAAUUAUCACAUUUUAUUUUCACAUGACUUUUGUUAUAAGAGAUAAUGUCAACAAGUGUCAACCACUGUUUAUUUUAUUUAACACCAUUACUAUUAGGGAGAAUAAAUUGUUCACUGUGACGAUGAUAACUAUGAUUGUUUACUUGUUCUUGUUUAAUUUUGCUAAUUUAUAAACAUAUAUACUUUUCUUUGUCAUUUUCGCCACUUAGAUGACCAAGAUGGUUUUGGUGUUGUUCUUUUAUUUUGUUAAGUGAUUUUUUUUACCCUUUCUCUUCAUAACCAUUAUUUUACAUUUCAGUGCUGUUUUCAUCCUUUUUCUGCCUUAUUUUUAUUGCAUCAAUUGUGUUAUUGUGUAUUCGUCUCAUAUGAUCAAUUGUUAACUUCACUGAUUACCAACAUACUGUUUUGAUGAUUUGUGCAAAUAUAUAUGUAUUAAAUCUUAUAAAGUCUUUACUGUUUCUUGAAAUUCUGUACAAUAAAAAGUUGACAAAGGAGAAUAGGAGACAUUUACAAGUUUGUUUACGAAUGUAGGUAUAUAGAUAAUUUAGUUUGUUGACUUAAUGCUGUUUAGAUGCAGUUUGUAUUUGUCAUUUAGUUCACUUAUGGAUUAUUUUCUCUCUUUUUUUUACCAACACUAAAUUGUUGAUUCUUCCAAUUAACUUUUACAACUAAAUUUGCUCAUUUAUACGUGUAAAGAUGUAUUUAGAAAAGAAUGUAUUUUGAAAGUGAAAACUCCACCUUUUUCUUUCUAUAAAAUAUACUUAUACAUAUACUACUUAAUUUUCUGUUAUAUUUUGCUGUAUGAACAACCCGUUCUGUUUAUGAAUUUCUGUAUUACUUAUUCUACUGACUUUGAAUUAUAUUGUGCAUAAUUUACAUCUUUCAUCAAUAUGUUUUCUGCUUAUUUCUUCGGUUAUUUUUCUCUCUUUAGUUUGUUUUUAUUUUAACAGCCUGAUUGCCAAGAUUGAAUUCAGUUUAUAUUGUGUUUUUUUUCUAUAAACAAAAUUGUUUUUUUAUUCUGAUAAAAAGAAUCAGAAUUAUUUGAAUACGAUUUUAUAUUUUCUGUACUAACUACCAGUUACGAAUAGAUAGGUAGGUGUGCAUAAUUAUGAUGUACUAGGUACAACAUAUUGACGGCAACCAUAAUUGAUGAAUAUCAGAUAUGUAGCGCAUCCAUGUGUUUGUCAAGUCCAUAUUCAAAAUGUUUAGAGCGACCAUGGAUGUUUACAUAGUUUAUUGCAAAUUGAGUUUAACAAUUUAGCUAAACAUUUUGCUAAGUCAUGGAAUUCGUUAAAUAUCCAAAAUCUCUGACUACCUAGCUGUUUCUCAC